GAAUGCACCGCGGCUGUCAGAUGCAGCCGAACACUGCUGCUGUACUAGCGGAGAGCACUCUGGCAGAAGGGCCGACUUACUCCCAGGGCUGCAAGCAUGGACCAAGAAAACAACUCGGAGGACGAUUCAGUCGGCCCUUCUGGGGACGGAAUGCCGUGUCUUCCUCCAGAUCUUUCGGAUGGUGAAGCAAUGGAGUUGCUUUGGCAGUUGCGAGCCCAGCGCCGCCAGUCGUCUCCUGAACUCCCAGAGACGGUGUCUUGUCUUACUGCACCUGAUGGAAGCAUCUUAUACCUGGUGGGCACUGCCCAUUUCAGUGAUAGCAGCAAAAAGGACGUAGCCACGACAAUCCGAGCUGUGCAGCCAGACGUGGUCGUGGUGGAGCUGUGCCAGUAUAGGGUAUCGAUGUUGAAGAUGGAUGAGAAUACGCUGUUAAAGGAAGCCAAAGACAUCAAUCUGGAUAAGGUUCAGCAGGCUAUCAAACAGAAUGGGCUGAUGUCGGGUCUGAUGCAGAUUCUGCUGCUCAAAGUUUCAGCUCACAUCACAGAGCAGCUGGGCAUGGCGCCUGGAGGAGAGUUUAGGGAGGCCUUCAAAGAGGCUGGCCGGGUACCUUUUUGUAAAUUUCAUCUCGGGGAUCGGCCAAUUCCUGUGACGUUCAAGAGAGCCAUUGCUGCUCUCAGUCUCUGGCAGAAGGCCCGUCUGGCCUGGGGUCUUUGCUUUCUGUCAGACCCAAUCAGUAAAGAGGAUGUGGAGAAGUGCAAACAGAAGGACCUGCUUGAGCAAACUAUGUCAGAGAUGAUCGGAGAGUUUCCUGCUCUUCACAAAACCAUUGUGGCUGAAAGAGACAUCUACCUCACACACACUCUCCGACAGGCUACACGCUGUGUGGAGUCUCCCCCUAAUGCCCAGAAAGUGCCUGCUGUGGUGGUGGGAGUCGUAGGGAUGGGUCACGUCCCUGGCAUAGAACGAAACUGGGACAAGCAGCUUAAUAUUAAUGAAAUCAUGAGUGUUGCACCUCCCUCACGCGUUGGCUGGGUGUUGUGCGCUGUCAUAAAGGGCGUCAUGAUGGGAAUGCUGGGAUAUGCCUGUUAUCGUGCUGGUGGAAGUUUAGGUAGAGCCCUGCUGUCUUUACCUCCAGUCCGAUCUUUACUGGAGACACUGCGGCCUCUUCCUGCUUGACCCAACUGGUCUUCUCUAAGCCAUCUGUGAAACAGCAUUAUGAUCUAUUAAAACAAUGCAUCCAUCACCAAUGGCCUUAAAAUCAGGUGUCAGGUGAGGCUGGAGGAGGAGGGUUCACCAGCCCACAUUGUGAACUAACAAGGACCUAAUGGGGUUCAGAGCUCCCCACUUUAUAAUGAUGUCUCUGUAGACACCACAGGGCUGUACUGCCAAAGAAACCAUGACAGUACUCUUGAGUACCUUGCAUAUUUUGUGCAAAUCCAUGCAUAUAUAUAUUUUUGUUUGUUUGUUUGUUUUUUGGUAAGAUUCACAAAGGCCAAUAGUUCAUUUUGAGUACAUUUAUAUUUUCCACACCAUUCCUUCAAAGGACUCAUGCACACAUGUUUUCUUUUUCAUUAUUAUUAUUUGAUUAGCAUCCUGAUCAUGAGGUUCACUGUUACUCACCUGUCCUGAUAUAGUGGGGGAUUUUUCUGGGAACAUGCUGUUUCUUUAGUCCUUCUUCAUAUAGUGCCGACCAGUAUUGUUGGUAAUUGGCCUGUUUCAAGUUCAGCAAGUUCAGCACUUUAUUAGAGACUGAUAAGACUUUUGUUCUGUACAUGCAGUCUGUUGAAGAAGGGAAAAAAAAUUACAACUACGUUAAGAAAGUGAAAAAAAUACAAUAUAUAGUUAGUGCAUAGACUGGCCCACAUAUGUAUGUAAGGAAUACAUGAAAAUUCUAUGAAUCAGAUUGAGCGUCAUUCUCCUAAUUCUCGAUACGUUUUUAAAGCAUUAGACAAACUUCACUCCUGUGCACCGUCCUGCCAACAUCAACAAGACAAGUGCCUCAUAUUGGAGCCGGUAAACUAAAUAAAAACCGCAGAAAUGUGUGUUGUUAUCUUACACGUGCAAAAGUUCAAUGCAAGAUUAAAGAGGAUGUCUUUAUGAUA